AUGCCUCGACUUGUACGCCGCCGCCCGCUCUCCGAGCGCAUACUCUCAUAUCUGAAUCCAUAUGACUUUCUGCUUUGGAUUUCCGAGGAAUUUGAAGGCGGUGACUGGGAUCAAUUGGAAAAAAACUGGGCUUUGCCUAUUGGUAUCGCGCUCAACGUCAUCUUGCUUAUUGCGCGCGCAAAUAGUCGAUCCGGUGGUAGCAAGGCUUUCGACGAUGUGUUCGGCGAUGACGAUGGCACGUCCCUGCGUGGGUGGCUUGCCUCAUUCAUCGCCCAUUUGAUGGCCGUUGCCUCCGUGACCAAUGCUUUCUACACAUUUUCAAAGAAGAGACGCUAUCGCCUAUUUGAGAACUCCAUUGAUAAUAAUCCGGCGACACCUUCAGCGCAUCGUGUACGUGUUGAUUCAAGCCCCCGGAUGCCGUCUCCCUUGCGGUACAUCGCCAAGGCGCUAUCAUCAGAAUCGGCACACUCGAGAGCACACCCCGAUGCACAGCGGGAUGUUUGGGAGCUUGCAAUUUGGGAUCCCUCAGCACUUUGCCUCCGGCUCUUUUGCUUGUUCAGCCCCGGGCACGUCUUAGUAUACUGGCUGUUCCUCCCAACACAGCUUUCCGACCCACGACCCAGUGUGACGAUUGUGACGACCAUCGUUUUGACAGCUCUUCUAUCUGUUCAAAUGUCCUUCAUCUCGUCUUCUUACACACAGCAAGCCAAGGACCAGAAGGUUAUACACAAGGAAGUGUUCAAAGAAUAUGACACCAAAUAUGUACAACCUCGGACACACCCCGUGAUGAGAGAUGUCGGCACACAGUUCUCGUACGAUGAACACCCAAAGACCGAGGAAGAAUGCAACAGGGUUGAGACUUAUAGUCCCGCCGUUGUAAUUAACCGUGGUUUCAAGACCAGUCCCAACCCUAAUUACCUCAAGCACGUCGACCCAGAAGGUUUUACCCCGGUCCGCCAGUCAACUGCAUCUACCCCGAUCUCGUCUAUGUUCCAAGGCCCCCCGACCAACACCCCGAGCAUUUCUCGAGAUGGCUCACCGCUGGCACGAGGUGCCAACCGCACAACAAUGCGACAACCGCAGUUCCGAUCUACCGCAACAACGGGCGAUGGAGGAAGCCUUGGUGUUUAUAGCCACGCAAACUCGCCGCUGAGGAAGUCUGCGACAACCUCAUUUGACCGUCGCUUACAAAGCAACGGUGACUUUGUUUAUAAGGAGCGUGGUACAACUCCUUUGAUGCGGAGCUCCAGUCCGCUGAAGAGAAGCAGUGUACCAGGAGGCAUUAAUCCAGGUGGUUCAGCUACCCUCAAUAGAUCAGAUAACCUCGGCUCUCGCCGAGAAACGGGUCGAUUUUAA